AUGCCAAAACCCAAGUCUCUCCUCAAGGAUUUCAAGCCAAAGAAGAAGGCCACCAAGCAAGUCCCAGUGACGGCAGAUGAUUUCUUGGCCGAGGGAGUCGAAUUGGAAGAAGCCGGCGAGAAAUGGCGCGCCGGGGACGCCGCCAAGUCGAUGCGCUUCUUCAUGCGUGCCAUUGCCAACUACGACGAGGGACUACAGAGGCACCCUGAAGCCUUUGAUUUGGCGUACAACAAGGCCCGAGUCCAAUAUGAAAUCACACAGCACCCCAAGCUCGCUGCGCAGCUACCAGCACCGCAGGCAGAACUCCUGCAGAUUGCGUUGCAGUCGCACCGGGAUGCGCUGCGGCUUGAGCAAGACAACGCGGAUGUGCUGUUCAACAGCGGCCAAGUACUGAAUAGUCUGGCGGAGGCUAUCUCCAAUGCUAAGCACCCGGACGAAGAGCAACUGAUGCAGGCUAGCACAUACCUGCAAGAAGCAGUGGAGCUGUUCCAACGGUGCCUUGUACUGCAGGAGAUGAAGUAUACGGAAAUGCAGGAACAGAUCGAGCAGAUGGAGGCGGCCGGCGUGGAGAGCCAAAUCCCGGAGCCGGUGGUACAACAGCCAGUGCAGGCUCCGGCCACGGAGGCAGACAAGGCGGACGAGCCGCAAGAGCAGUGGGCGGCGAUCGUGGAGCCAGUGACAAAGAAUACGUUGGUUGAUUCGGCCGUGGCGCAGCUAGACACCUUGACAACGCUAUGUAAUCUGUUGACGUUCAACCCCGGCGGCGGAGGCGUGGGCUGGGUGCAAGAGUAUUCGUCGGGGCUGGUGCAGACGCGUCUGCCCGCCUAUGUGGAAGGCUCUGAGAGACAGUAUGAGGCGGGUCUGGCGCGGGCCAGAUUUGUCUGUGCGAUGCAUGAGGUGUUGUAUCGGGGUGGUCACACUGACGUCCAGACGUACAAGGAGGAGGUUGGACAGGCGUUUGGGCCGGAAUUGGACGUCUCGGCGGACCCUGAAGGGCUGUGCCACAAGGCGGAGGCAUUGACUUCCUUGAAUGGGGCUCUCGCCGACGUGCCUCCGCUAGAGGACCCCGAAGCAUUCAAAACAGCCUUGUCGGUGCGCUGGCAAUCGUUGUCGACCGCAUUGGAUGCGUUGACGGCGGCGUCUAAGAUACCAAAUGCUGACAACCUGCCUAAAAUCCACCUUGCCCGGGGAGAUGUCGAAAUGCAUCGAUGGCGACUGGGGAGAGCACCUUGGGAUCAUGCCAUGGCGCAGCAACACGGCGCUGUUCUGAUUCGAAACGCCCAGACAUACUACCGAGGAGCGGCCGCCCUCGCCCGUCGGGAUGGAGCAGUGGAGGAAGAGCGUGAUGGAUCUUUCAAGGAGGCCAUUGCGGCUGCGGUGGAGGGCCAAAAGACGAAGCUGGAUCAGCUCAAAGAGGCCUCUCUUGAGCAACUAAUGGCCGUGGCCCAGGAGAUGGUAGAGGACGGAAUGGUACAAGGCACAGAUAUGAGUGCCUUGAUCUCAUGA